GGGGGGGGGGGGGGCUGGGGCCGGGGGUAUAUCAAGGAUAUGUUUAUUUGUUUGAAAUAUUUAGUACAUAUCUACUAAAGUUAGAUCAAGAGAAAAUAUAUGAUUAUCAAAAAUAUAUUUAUAUUUAUUUACAAUAUUGCAAAGUGCGUGGUUAAUUUGGGACAUGAUGACAGGAAUAUGGAUCCACAAUGGAUAUUGAUGUGGUCUGGGGAUAUGGGGUCAUGGACAUGGUCAAAGCAUGUCCAUGGUCAAAGGAAAAAGACACCAUUGGGAUCCCUUGGUCUGCACUAGCACUGCCUUGCCAUGUGCCUUGUCUGGAUGGACUGGCGGAGCGGCCUAGCGUCUCGGCGGCGCCCGCCCGCGCCGCAUCAACAUCGGACGUUGUCGUUGUCAGGGACGCUAUACCAGUGAUCGAGCUAUCGAGACUACUACGGUUGUUGUUUUUUCCGAUAAAACAUGGCAAUUAAUGAUCCGUCUAGACAAGUUCUUCUUUCAGUUGAGGCUGAGGCAUACGUUGAAUCACUCGAAACAUUCCGCGUCCAAGACAUAGGUAGCAGCAAAUGGAUGAAACAACAUGAAUAUUUAGAGAAACUCAAUAUGCAAGCUGUGCUUCACGCUUCAAGCAACCAAGAUGAAUUUGUCAAAGAGAUGCUUUUAUCACAUGAAAAGAUACCUGUUGUGAUUCAAGAACUACUUGCUCUUGAAGUUUGGAAGCAGAAUGUUUUUUCUGUCAUUCAGAGAAUGGACUUUGAACCCAAGACAACCUUUCCUCUCUACAUGGCUUUGUACCACGAGGCCACGCUCUCAAACUUGUUGGAAACAAUUCUUUUUCAUAAGGAACCAUGUGAAGCUGCUGAAGAAUGCAUUUUAGAUCUGGUUGAUUACUGUCAUCGUAAAAUCACUGAUCUCAUUGCAAGGCAAGAAGAGAAUGGUGAUAAAGAAGAAGCAGAUCUUCCUCAGGAUGGCAAAUCAAUAGAUGAAUCAUCUGCGAUGGAGGAAUUAAGGAGACAGCAGCGUAAGAUCCAGUAUGACGUGAGCAUCAAGGCAAUAUCCAUAUUUAGAUACAUCACUGACAAUCUAUCCAGUCUUUCACUGAGUGUGACAACAAGAAUCUUAAACACCCUGGAUCUACCCAGCCUCCUAGUACAGCUUGUCGACGAUCCACCAUGGACAAAAUACAAAGAUGGAAAGUUGACCAAGUACAUAGACAACAAGUGGCAAGAGGUAGCCCCCAGUGACAGGCUACAGUUGACUAAGCUUGAGGGGCAGGUCUGGAUUGCCCUUUACAACCUUCUCAUGGGACCAGAUUGUCAACAGAAAUAUGCGUUCAAUCCACACAACAAGGCCCAAAUACUCAAGUUACGAUCACAUCUGACAGAAGUGUUGCUAGAUCAGAUACCUAGCUUGUGUGAUCUCCAGCGCUACCUUAGCAACCUCUCCAUGAUGGAGCCCCCAGCAGCUCAGACAGGCCUAGUUUUAGAACAGGUUCCAGAGAUCCGGGAGAGACUUCUGAAAGAGAAUGAAAGCAAGUGGAAGGCUAUUGCCAAGCAUCAAGUCAAGAACUUCUUUAAUUCUUCUGCCCAAUCAAUGAGGGACCAAGCAAAAAUGUUUGCAGACAUGUAUAACUUUGAUGUACUAGAGUCCUUGAUAGCCGAACCACCAAAGUGUGCCCUCUGUGGUUCACCAGCUGCCAAGAGAUGUUCACGCUGUCAGAAUGAAUGGUACUGCAGAAGAGAGUGUCAGGUCAAACACUACAGCAAACACAAGAUAGCAUGCAAUCUCAUGGUGGAAGCUGAACAGAAACUCAAAGAAGUUUCAUUAAACAGCUAGCAUUCAAGAAUCACAGACUAUCACACAAUGAACAUUGAACAUGGAAUAGCUCAUCUGUGGAGAGUGCAUUUACAGUAACCACGGUAACAGAUUAUUCCCAUCCACCGCUGUUGGAAGGGCAGCCAAAGGGGCCUGGUUAUCUAAUGCAUUGACUACUGAAUUCUGAAAUUGCCAUAUGCUUUGUAUGGGAGUGUCCAGUUCAGUUGCAGUUGGCAGUAGAACUGCACUUAGGUGGAGACUAAUGCUGUGAAUGUGAUAUUACAAAGGAACAUUACACCAUGACGAUGAUGAUGAUGGGUUCUUAUAAAGCGCCGGUAUCCGCCUCUGCUGGGCACUCAUGGCCCUCGCUCAAAACUAGGAACUGUGUCUCACAAAUUUCAAUGUCUUCAAACAGUGCUUAGAAUCAUCAUUCAGUUCAAUCACUGUUCUUGUAGCGCUUACAGUUAUGUCAUUUUUGCGAUGAUGUUGGAGUGAUGACGCUUAUGCCAUGUGACGCUGACAUUGAUUACAAUGAUUAGCGCUCAAAGGAUAACAUCGUGGUAAUCUUUGCAUUGUUGGUGCCAAGCACAGUGAGGAAGGGUGGUAUAUUUCAUAAGAAAUUGAAUUAAAUAUUUGAUGAAUACCACACUAAAAUAAGUCAUCUUUAUACCAAACAAAUUGAAAUUCAUUCAAAUACUACUAUUCUUAUAAAAAUUUAUUACAAAAUGCAGUGUAUCUUUUGACAUCUUUUUACAUGUUCAGGAUUUAAAAUAUGUUUUUGGUGAAUGAGUUUACAGCAAAUACUUCAUAAAAUCUUAGCCUUACUUAACUCAAACAUUGUAUUUUUAGUCUAAAAAUCACUUGACCAAUGUGAAACAGUGUUGCUCUAUACUGUUUGUUGAAGAUUGAGAAUGAAUAUAAUCAUUCAUCUUAAAAUCAGAUCUACAAAUUAUAACUUUGUUACAUGUUAUGCCAUAUAGCUAUAUAGAUAGCCAAAACAUAUAGCCAAGUGUAAUUAGUCCAUAGCACGACACAUGAUAUGAUCGAAAUCUGUUAUUUUCCCGGCUGGUCACCAUCGAUAAAAAUAUUUACCAGCUGGUCAAAUGAAUAUAUUUUACUACGUGUAUGGCGCCCUCUCGGAGAAUAAAUGUUGCCAAUGCAUGUCUAAUCAAUUGUAUCAGUUGGCUCAGACGAGAAGUUUUUUUUUCCAAUUCCUUGUUGGUAGAGUUCGCAUAUGGUGUGUGAAUGAUGAUAUUUAAUAUUUCAGAUAUUUUCUUGCGGUUUCACUGCCCCUUUAUUUGUAAUAAAGUUCAAUUCAGUGUAAAAUUGGAAUUUCAGGUGGUAUUUCUUGUACAAAGACCUGCAUCAGUAAGUACAAAAAAUGCAUUUAAUAGAUAUGAUUCAUAUAUGAUUACCAUAAUGGAUUUUAAAGUCUAAUAAGUCAUGUUGAUUAUUGUGAUGAUGAAAAACAAGUGAAAUCCAUUCAUGGCUGUGUAAGAGUCUACAUCUCCUACACUCAUGAAUAAACUAUAAAAAAAAAACUCACCAGCUUUGAAGUGCUUGAUACAGAAAUAGAUGAUAAGACCUCCAAUUCAACAGAAGUGCAAAAUAUGUGAAUGAAGAAUGGGGAGGUCACGCUGCAAUGAUGACCACGCCCAUGAGGCCUCAACCCAAAAUGCAUUGCGAUGAGGUUGAGUGAAGUGUUCUCCAAAGUAAUACCGCACAAAUCCCACUUGGACAGCACAAGCGAUGGGUACAGUAUUUAUGGAUGGAAAUCAAAAUGAUUUAGCUAAAAGUCGGUUUUCCUGAUGAUGAUGCAAAAUAUGACUGUAGAUAACCCAAUGUGUAAUAAUCCACAAAUGUUGAAGUGGUUCUUGCUGCAUUGAGAGAAAAUAAGGACGACUCCUAGAAAUUGUACACAUCCACAGUUGGUGAAGACUUACUACUGAGUGCAGUGAAGUAUAGUUCAUGGGGUUUUUCUCAUGCUUUAUUCUAACUGGUUUCUUGUUGCUAGGUGAGGAAAACACCUUGUAACGGUAGCAAAAGAAAGAGAGGUGAAGCAUUCCUUGGAUGUUAAUGAGUACAAGAAUGAAUUCUUGGCUACUACUUAAUAACAAUUAUGUCUAGACCAGCGGCACAAAAGAAUCAAGUUGAAAAGAACAAAAGAAUAAGAUUGUGGAUCACCUGUCCUGUGUAUGGUCAAAAUAAACUAAUUGAUGAUCAAGCUCUGUUCAAA